UGGAGUUGCCGGCAUCUUAUUUUACCCUGAGAACAAUAACAAUAAGUAGGUAGAAUAACCGAAGAUCGCGAAUUAUAAUAAAUUGGUGAUAGCGACUUACCCUUGCCACAGUCUUAAGUUCGAAAAUCACAAUGACGCACACAAAACCAGUUUGUUGCAUUUGUUUGAGCAGCUGCGUGACCGUGGUGAAUAUAGUUAAUGGGAGGCAGCUGUCUGCGAAGGAACCUUGUCUGGUGGAUAUGAUAAGCGAGUGCUUCAACUACAAAGUAUAUGACAAUGAAAUACACCCCAAGAACUUAUGUGAAUGCUGUAUUUCGGAUCUGCGAGCAGCCUAUCGAUUCAAGAGAAAUUACGAGCUGAAUAUUAAGUCGAAAGAGCAAGAACUCGACGACUUUAUUGAAAGUCUUGCAACAGAGGAUUGGGAACUUGACAGCGAUGUGGUUCUUAAGAAAGAGCCACAAGAUGAAUUAUACAGCGAAAAUACUAAUGAUACAGUUGCCACAGCAGCCGGAAAAACUGUCAAGAAAAAGAAGGGUCACUCCUGUAUCUUUUGUGGCAAAGUAUUUAUAAGGAAGCCACACUUAACGAUACACUUGCGAGUCCAUACCGGCGAACGACCAUACAAAUGUCCACAGUGCCAGAAAGCAUUUACACAGACAUGCAGCUUAAAAACUCACCUACGAGUUCAUACCGGAGAACGCGAAUUUAAGUGUCCACAUUGUCCAACGGAUUUUACUCGAAAGCACAACCUUCUGAGUCACAUGGCCUCACAUGCAUCAAAGAAAGAAACCAAAAAUAAAACUAAACUUAAGAAAAAUAAGAGCUCAAACAAGUAAAAACUAUUUUAUAUUCCUAAAACGAAACUAAAAUUAAAAACAGUAUUUAAUUAUAAAUAUUCUAAUAAAAGAAGAGCUGAAUUGAAAAGGAUAUUAGUUUAUAGAGUUAAAUUAUUGAAUUCUUAAUAAAUACAAAAUUAAAGUUUUCUUUAUAACAAGAAAAA